ACAGCUACAAAACCACUCCUACCUAAAUUCGAAAUAAAAUACUUAUCUAUCAUAUAUAUUUGCCAUACUACCUAAAUACAAACUGAAUUUAAAUAUCUAUAAUAUGCAGAAUAAUACUUACCUAAUAAUGUAAUAUAGUUUCUCUAAUUUUUUAAUGUAAUGCUGGAGUAAAUGUAAUAAAUUGCAGAUGCCUACUUAUUUCAACUUAUACUUCUUAUAGUUAAAGUCACCUACAAUGAGUGAUAAAACGUUCAAUGGUGAAGUCGACAGAUACAAUGGUAUUACAGUAGACUCUCAGAGUGAAAAAUGUGAAAAGCAUGAGCUUACUAAGCGACUUUGCGCCUCACUUAAGAAAUGGUCUGAGGAAAAAAGAAGAUGCAUUUGGUUUAAAGUUCACAUCAAAGAUGCAGAAUGGGUCCCUCUUCUAGCAAAGGAGGGUUUCGACUUUCACCACUCUAGGAACAGUUUUGUUAUGAUGUAUAAGUGGUUACCCACUGAUAGUAAGUCAAAUCUCCCUCCAGCCUGUCACACAAACUUAGGAGUUGGUGGUAUGGUAUUCAAUAAUAAAAAUCAAAUAUUGGCUGUUAUGGAAAAUCAUAUUGAUUUCCCUCAUUGGAAACUUCCUGGCGGAUAUGUUGAAAGAGGAGAGGAUAUAAAGGAUGCUGCCAUAAGAGAAGUAAAAGAGGAAACUGGCAUUGACACUGUCUUUGAAUCAUUAGUGACCUUCAGGCACACUCACAACAUGAUGUUUGAAAAUUCUGAUAUAUAUGCAGUAGUUUGUCUGAAAGCAACUUCAGAAAUAAUUACAAAAUCUGAUAUUGAAAUUAAAGAGUGUAAAUGGAUGGAUCUAGAAGAGUUUCUGAAUCAUCCACAUGUACAUGAAUUUAACCGUUUCUUAGUAAGACAAGCCAUGGAUUUUAAACAAAGAAAACUUAAAUUGAACUUGCAUAAAAAUACAAUAAAAGUACAUACAUGGUCAAGAGAAAUGACUUCUCUUGUUUUGGAAGAUUUAUGAUAAACAACAUCUUAGUCCUCAGGAAUGGCAACCUGUGAUGGAUAUUAUGGGUGACAGUCUACUCUAUUAUGCCCAUGUUCAUAUCUGUAGGCAAUGGUCACCACUUUCCAUCUGGUGGACCAUCAGCUUGUUUGCCAAUCUAAGUUACAUAAAAAACAUUGAUCAUUAUCAUAAUUUUAUCUCUUUUGAGGUCUAAGUUAUAUACACACACAUAUAAAUGUAUAAUUUUACAUUUAUACAUUACAGUAAGUAUUGAGUUUCUUGCAAAUUCUUCAGCAAAUAACAACAUACCAAACCCAGUAGUAGAAUCAUAAAAAAAUAUUUAAAAGGCCUUUUAAAAGUCUUACUAUACUGGAAAGCAUAGUAUUUCAAAAGGUUAAAACAUUUUGUAGACUCUUACAGUUAUAAUGCAAGACAUUGUAAACAAAAGUGUACCUGUGCAUUAAGAUGGAAAACAAAGAUUUUUAUGAUAGUAUAUGUAACAUGAUUGUCAUAGAUAUUUGCAUCAAAUAUAAUACUAGUACAGAAGAUACUUUGUUUUUGUAAGGAAAUAUAUAAAGGUAUUUUUAGUGAGAAUCAAUGGUAUCAAUUUUAUAUGUAUACCUACCUCUACAAUUACCAAAAUUGCUAAUUAUUGAAUCAAGUUAUGCUUAAGUGCCUUUAUUACACAUUUUGCCAUAGGUACCAAGAGUAUUAAAAAAAAUAAAUUGGGGCUGCCUAUAUUUAUAUUAUCAUAAUAAAUAUGAUGCUAGAUAAAAGCCGUGACUUGAUCUGAUUCUUUUAUGCCUUAAAUUAUGUUUAUAAACUUACAGUCUAAGAACACCACCUACACGAAGUUCUUAAGGUAAUUGUUGUUAUUAGAUAAAUUUUAUAGCUGAAGCUGGUUUGAAUUAUUCCAAUAAAAUCCAACAGCCGUAAAAACAAUUGAGAAUUGGAUUCGUUUUAAAUAUUUAUAAGAUGACAAUCAUACUGACAGCAGUCUCUUCAGGCAGCAGAUGUUAAAGACGCCAAAAAAGGCAAAUGCGGAAAACAAUUUCCAACUCAUAAUAAAAUUUUUAUGGUGCCUUUUAAGAGGCACGGUAGUAGUUUUGACAUUUGCAAUAAUAGUAGAUGUUUGAGAAUUUAGGGAUUAUUAUUUAUUUGACAUAAAACCGAAAUAAAAUUACAUGAAGUGAUAGCGUCGACCAAAGGGCGCAGGAAGGUAAUAUCGUAUUAUCCUGAUUAAGGGGAUAGAACCGGCGCUGAUGGUAACAAAAAUAUGUAACUAAAUGUAUAUGUUCAUGAUAUCUUUGCCAAUUAUUAACCGAUUUCGAUAAAUAUGUUUACAUUUAAUAACGCUUACUACUUGAUGAUGCUAUAUUUUAUCACGAUUGAAAUCGCUGUUUAUUUUAUAGUGCAAUAUCUUAAAUUAUUUUGUACCUAAAUUAUUUUAUUGUUACAAUUUUUUAUUAUGAUUUAAUAUUGUGAUUAUAGUUUAAUAGCUGAUUAUAAAAAUGAAUUCAUUGUUUAACCUUGUUUGACAUUCCUAGUAAUAAAGGGUCUAUUGUUUUUAA